AUGUCGAUAAAGCCGGAAGAUGAUUUUAGCGGAUACAUGGAGAGCUUGAAAGCUCACGAGAUGCAGGAUCAAGCGUAUCAAAACCAGCUUGCAGAACACGAGCUUUGGAGACAAACGACUUGGGGCGGAUGGGUCGUACGACAGUUACAAGCCUUGGGAGAUCAUUUUUCACCCUUUUUCGAGGCGAUCGCUGACACAGUUCAAUCUGACAAGAAUACACCCGCUCAACUUGUACUUUUGGCCGUUAUCCGCUCUUUAACAAUUGCUGCGUACGUGGCGGCACUGUAUGCGCUACUGCGAAUAGCAAACGCUAUUUUGGGCCGUGAGAUUGUUAUUGAAGAGGAAAUUGUGGUUGAUCAUGAUGAGGACACACACGAUGACAGCAAAGACGGAAACUUAGUACAGGAGGUCCGGCGGAGUGCUCGUGACAAGAAGAAUCGAUAA